GUCAUCGCUGCGCGCGGAUCGCAGGGCCCGGGGCGGCCGGCAUGGCGCUCUUCCACAUCGCGCGGUACCCGGGGCCCGAGGCGGCGGGCGCGGAGGCCGAGGCAGACGGCCGGGCGCGCGCGCUGCUGGAGCGGCUUCAACGCCGGGCCCGCGAGCGGCAGCUGCAGCAGCAGCCGCGGCAGCAGGAGCCCGAGGAGGCCGCGCAGACCGAGGGCGCGCCGGGGAAGCGGCGGCGGCGGCGCCCGCGGAGGUGCAGGGGAGGUGGGACGCCGGGAAGCCCGCACGCGCCAGGGAGCAAGCGACGGAAAGCGGACGGCGAGGAGGCGGGUGCAGAGAGCAGCGAGGAGGCUCCGGGGGAGAGCGGCGUGGACGCGGACGCCGAAGCACUGCCGAAGGCCCCAGGGGUACGGACCCCCAACGAAGCCACCGGGCCCCCCGCCCAUCCCCUGCUGCUGGGCGGCUUCGGGAGGAGCAGGGCGCCGAAGGUCCACCCUUUCCUGCCAGAGUGGCUAGCCGAGCCAAGCCGUGUCAGAAGGAAUGUCACCGAAGACACGGUUCCCAUUGAGGACAUCCCUGAAGUCCACCCUGACCUGCAGAAGCAGCUGCAGGCGCAUGGCAUCUCAUCCUACUUCCCAGUCCAGGCAGCGGUCAUCCCCGCUCUCCUGGAGAGCGCAGCCAACGGGUUCCUGGUGGGAAGAGGUGGCUACCAGCCCAGGGACCUCUGUGUUUCUGCCCCGACGGGCAGUGGGAAGACACUGGCCUUCGUCAUCCCCGUGGUACAGGCCCUGCUGCGUCGAGCCGUGUGCCAGGUCCGUGCUCUGAUUGUGUUGCCCACCAAGGAGCUGGCCCAGCAGGUGAGCAGAGUGUUCAACGUCUACACAGACGCUACUCCUCUGCGCGUCGCCCUGGUCACGGGGCAGAAGUCCCUGGCCAAGGAGCAGGAGACCCUCGUCCGGAAGACGGCCGAUGGCUUCCGCUGCCUGGCUGACAUUGUGGUGGCCACUCCUGGGCGCCUGGUGGACCACAUCGACCAGACCCCCGGCUUCAGCCUCCAGCAACUACGCUUCCUGGUCAUAGACGAGGCUGAUCGGAUGAUAGACAGCAUGCACCAGUCAUGGCUCCCACGGGUGGUGGCGGCUGCUUUCCCGAGGGAGGCUGCCAAGGACCCCUGUGCUCUGCUCCAGAGAAGGCAGCUCCAGGCCGUGACUGCUGCCAGCACCUGCUGCCCCCAGAUGCCCCUGCAGAAGCUGCUCUUCUCGGCCACCCUGACCCAGAACCCCGAGAAGCUGCAGCAGCUUGGCCUGUACCAGCCCCGGCUCUUCUCCGCUCAGCCAGCUCGUGGGGGCUGCGGAGAUGGGGCCUCGGACGUGGACUCAGGCGGGAAGUACACCUUCCCCUCGGGGCUGUCGCAUCACUACGUGCCCUGUAGCCUGCACUCCAAGCCGCUGGUCAUCCUGCACCUGACCCUGCACCUGGGCUUCUCCAGGGUCCUGUGCUUCACCAACUCCCGGGAGAACGCCCACAGGCUCUUCCUGCUAGUCCAGGCUUUCGGGGGUGUGGCGGUGGCUGAAUUCUCUUCCCGCUACGGCCCUGGCUGGAGGAAGACGAUCUUGAAGCAGUUUGAACAGGGAAAGAUCCAGCUCCUCAUCAGCACAGACGCCACCGCCCGCGGCAUCGACGUACAAGGUGUGCAGCUGGUGGUCAACUACGACGCCCCCCAGUACCUGCGGACCUACGUGCACCGGGUUGGGAGGACGGCCCGUGCUGGGAGAACCGGACAGGCCUUCACGUUGCUUCUCAAAGUGCAGGAGCGGAAGUUCCUCCGGAUGCUGACAGAAGCAGGGGUCCCCGAGCUGCAGCAGCACGACACCCCCGCCGAGCUCCUACAGCCCCUGGUGCCGCGGUACGAGGAGGCUCUGGCCCAGCUGGAGGCGGCUGUCAAGGAAGAACAGAGGCAGAAGGCGGCCUAGGUCAGGGCUCCAGGGGCGGGCAGGACCUUCCACGGCAGCAAGGUGCGUGCGCCCUCCCGGAAGAGGCCCCGGGACAUGAGGAGCCCUCGUCAGUGCCCGGGCCUGGCCUCCGGGACCGUCAAGGGCGCACAAGGCCAACCUCUGAUUGGGCGCUUUUCCUGGAAACAGCUUCAGUCGAAUUGUUCACACUCCCCGAGAACUGACAGGACGGUGGCUGCUGUGUUUUUGGCUGAGGGCGGGGAUUUAGCUUUUCCGAAGAUGUCGGUGUGCCUGUUCUGCCCCCGGGAGGGUGGCCCUUCCGGCCUCGGCACCACGGACCGGGAGGCGUCUCCACCGUCACAGGUGUCAUGGUCAGCGGUGCUUCGCUUCACCCUGGUCCUGCCCUGGCCCGUGUGGCUCAGCGGGUGGGCGCGCAGUCCCUGGUGCGGGUGUGUGUGUGUGGGGGCGGGGCAGCCAGUCGAUGUUUCCCUCCCUUUCUUUCACUUCCUCCCUCUCCAAAAGCAAUGGAAAAAACGUCCUUGGGUGUGGAGAAGGCCGGCCGGCCCUACGGCCAGGCCCGAGCCCCUGCAGCUGGGGGGCUGCAGACAGGCCUUGGCAGCACUCACCCACUGUCCGGGAGAGGGCUUCCCCCCAGCACUUACUGUAACCAAAAAAUGGGAGCAAACUGGGUUUUUCUCUGUCUACAUCACUCGAGCUGAGUGACGGUCUGCUCACAGAUUCUGGGGCUUCUGGUUGGCCAGGCAGAGGUGCUGGUGGGACAGACGCCAGCACUCGGGCAAAACAGGCCUUUCUGCUGGGGCUGCACAGUGCGCUGGCACCCGAGUCCUGCGGGGCAUGGGAGCCGGAAGAGAGGCCUCUGUGUGUGGCCCCUGGCCGGGCCUGUUGGCCUGGCCGGGGACCCUGCUGGCACCUGUCCCUGGGAUGCACUGUGCUUCUGCAGAACUUGCCCUGCUCACCACACGCCACCUCCCUUGGCUGGGCUGGGCGGGACCUUGAACCUGACAGUGGGGCCAUGUCUGGACUCUGGGCUGGGGGCUGGAGCCUGUCCCUGGCCCAGUGUCUGUAGGGAGGUGGCCACAGCCUGCAGCUGCGUUCCUCUCUACAGGGCCAGAGGGCAAGCUGUCAACACUGUCCCUCAUGUAGUCUGCCCAGCGUCAGCCCCCUCGUCACUCAGGGUGACAGCCAGCCUGCCUGCCAGGACCACGCCCGUGGCGUCACUGUACUCACGCUUCUGAAGUGUCUCGUCAUCUGUCCGGCCCACAGUUCCAGGGCCCAGAUGGCAAGCUGCCACGGAGGGUGUCCCCAGUAAACAGCUGAAUACACCGGUAAUUUAUCCAUC